CAGUUCUUAUCCAAGAUGAAGGUUUUGAUCGCCUUGUUUGUUGUGGUGUUUGUGGAUGUAGUCGCCUCGCAAUGUUCUUGUAACACUAUGAAAUGGGCCAAAUGUGAUGGAGAACCAUGCAAGUGUACUCUUCAGUUUUCUUCAACAUACAAGCAAGCGCUUGAUUGUACAAAAUUGAUUCCCAAGUGCUACCUCAUGAAAGCGGAGAUGUAUCGCAUCAGGAACAAACUGACCACAAGAUCCAUUGGUGGGAAACCUGUAGAAACUGCCUUUGUGGACAAUGAUGGCAUCUAUUACCCAGAAUGUGAGAAUGAUGGAAGGUUCAAGGCAAUCCAGUGUAACGGCACUGACGUGUGCUGGUGUGUCAACAGUGCUGGUGUGCGCAGAAGUGACAAGGGAGACAAGAACAUCAAGUGUGAGCCUGUGGAGACCUAUUGGGUUCGCUUGGAACUGAAGCAUAAAGUUGUGGCUGUUCCUCUUGAUGUUAACAAACUGAGGACUGGGAUUGAGAAUGCUUUACUGGAACGUUACAAGUUGGAUAAGAAAUUUGUGACUGAGAUUCAGUAUGACAAAGAUGAACGUGUCAUUGUGGAUGUCAAAAAACCUGAGAAAGAACGUGUUACAGACCUGUCCCUCAUGACUUACUACAUGGAGAAGGACAUCAAAGCUCUGCCCCUCUUUCAAGAUGAAAAACCAUUUGAAGUCAGUGUUGAGGGAUCAAAGGUGUCCAUGGAGAACAUCCUGGUGUACUAUGUAGAUGAAGUGGCGCCCACCUUCACCAUGCAGGGGCUGACUGGUGGUAUCAUUGCUGUCAUUGUGGUGGUCAGCUUGAUUGUAAUUGCAGGACUUCUGGUUGUGUUCUUCCUCACACGGCGACAGAGGGCCCAGCACAGUGAAGCACAGGCCAGAGAGAUGGAGACCAUGUCUUAAAGCUAUUAAUAAGAAGUCUCAUGUACCCGAGUCUGAGACUGGGAUGUGCCCCAUGCUGAAGCUUAGACCAGCUGUACUUUUGCUUGUGACAUAAAAUGUGCAACACAUUAUGUUUUACUACCAAAUUAUUUGUAAUAUCUAAUCAUUUUAAUAUUUAACUUGCACUUGAAAGGUUUCCGCAACACCUUGCAAGAUCUCUGCAAAAAGUCUCACAAUUUAUUACCAGAACAUGAUGCAUAAUGCACAUAACUGAUUUAGGACAGACUUCUGAGGCAGCAUAACGGUUUAAUGAUAUACAACAAAACAGUGAGCUUUGUUGAUACCUGAGUGAAUAUUUAAUUACUACAAAGUAAUUUCAUCCUAGAAAUAACAUUGAAAACUAGGAAUCUCUACAGAGACUAUAUAACCUACACCACAUAGCUGUUGUGCUGAUUGUGUUGUAGGUUGUUCAGAUGA